AUGUCUGGGGAGUGGCAUGAUGGCAUCCCUUGCCCGACGGAAGAGGGGCAACCAGACAGAGGCGCCAUUGAACCAAAUUUCAGUUUGGUUAACAAGGAGAGCUUGGACAACAUCCUUAAGGCCGAGGUGUUUGUGAACAAGGACGACAAUCAGCUCAGGGCGGCUCACCUGAUACUAGGGUAUACGCCUAUCUCUCGUGCCUUCCAAGUGCCAAAGUGUGUUAUCAAGGCCCGUGAUCCACGUCUCCAUAGGAUCAGUGUUGCCAUUGAGGGGUUUCUGCUCCCUGAGGGUGCUUCAGUACCAGAGGGCAUACCCUUGGUUGGCUCUUCUUCCUCUUCUCGUCCAAUGGUAACGGAAGAGGAAGAAAAAACAGAGAAAGAAGAAGUCGUUGAGAGGAGGCAAAGUACAAGUUUGCUGGAUUUGAUAGAGUCCCAGCCGGGGAAGGGGACACAAGGGAGAGCAGCUCAGAGCAAACCCCCUUCCCCUUCUCAGAGCAAGCUCCCUCCUGCUCCAUCCAAACUUCCUCCUCCUCCUCCCAAGUUAACCCUAUCGCCGAGACUCGAGCCUUCCGACCCUAAACGCAAAAGGGAGUCAAAGGGCAAAGAGGUGGUAGAGGCUGAGAGGCCACACCCCGCAUUGGAAGAGGAUGCCCAGGACUUCCAGGAAGGCACCGGCAGCCAUGUGGCUGAUGCUUUGGAGAGUGCUCUGUUGCUGCCCUCAGACAUGGUCGAGUUGCAAUCCUUUAGGAGGCAGGAGGUCUUCCUCAGCCUUAAGAGGUACUUGGGCAUGGCUGUUCAGGCCAUGUUCAGGGCAGAGGAGAUAGCCUCCAACUGCAACAGGCAGCUAGAGGACGAGAGGAAUAGGCGUGUUGCGGCUGCCGAGGACCAAUUGGCUGCUGCCAAAGGGCAGAUUGAGUCCUUGAAGAAAAAGUUAGCAGGUGCAGAGAAAGCCAAGGACUCCAUGGAGAAAGCCAGGGACGAGGCAGUGUCAGCUUGUGCGGAGGCGGAGAAGGCUAGAAAACUGGUAGAAGAGACCAAAGAGCGGGCCGAGCAGGAAGCUUACGAGAUUGGGUCUGCUCCCGCCAGUUCUGAAGUUGAUACUGCCCCCGAAGUGGCAGAGGCAGGUCAAGAUAGUGCCACCAAUGCUCCAAUUCCUCUUGGCACACCUGCCAAGGAGACUGAGCGUCCUGGGGUGCUAGAAAAAGAGAAAAUUAUUGACCAGGAAGUACCCCAGGAUGUGAUAAAGCCUCCUGCUGACUCGCAAGCUCCCCUUGCCGAUAAGGAGGCUCCUGAGAAAAUGGAGUUAGUUUCGGCCUCCCUUGCUGUGCCUCUCAAAGUCACUCUUCCGAGCCAAGGUUUUGAAGCCUCAGACAUAGCCUCUCAACAGCCUUCUAAGGACAAGUUGACUAUAAAGCUGAAGAAAUAG